UCAGGCUCGUGGCGGUUGGCUGCUGGCCUGUCGUCCUGACUCAGCCUACAAGCCCAUGGCGUCCACAGGAGUGAUCCCAGGCAGGACGCCUCAAGGACCAGGACUGGGGGCAUCGUCGGCAAGCUUCCCCAGCCCUGCUGUCCCAGUGCCAGGCCUCCAGGAGGUGGAGGGCGAGGAGGAAGAUGAGGAGGAGGAACUGGCUGAGAUCCAUCUGUGUGUGCUGUGGAAUGCAGGACACUUGGGCAUUGCCUACUAUGACACCAGUGACUCCACUAUCCACUUCAUGCCCGAUGCCCCAGACCAUGAGAGCCUCAAGCUGCUGCAGAGAGUUCUGGAUGAAGUCAGUCCACGGUCUGUUGUCACAAGUGCCAAACAGGAUGAGGCUAUGACUCAGUUUCUGGGGAAGCUUGCCUCCCAGGAGCACAGAGAGCCAAGGAGACCUGAAAUCGUGUAUUUACCAAGUGUGGAUUUUGGUUUAGAGAUAAGCAAACAACGCCUCCUUUGUGGAAACUACUCUUUCAUGCCGGACUCCAUGACUGCCACUGAGAAAAUCCUCUUCCUCUCCUCCAUUAUUCCCUUUGAUUGCCUCCUCUUGGUUCGAGCACUUGGAGGGCUGCUCAAAUUCCUGAGCCGAAGAAGAAUCGGGGUUGAACUGGAAGACCAUAAUGUCAAUGUCCCCAUCCUGGCAUUUAAGAAAUUUGUGUUGACCCAUCUGGUAAGCAUAGAUCAAGACACUUACAGCGUUCUACAGAUUUUUAAGAGUGAGUCUCAUCCCUCGGUGUACAAAGUGGCCAGUGGCCUGAAGGAGGGGCUCAGCCUCUUCGGAAUCCUCAACAGAUGCCGCUGCAAGUGGGGAGAGAAGCUGCUCAGGCUGUGGUUCACACGUCCAACUCAGGACUUGGGGGAACUCAAUUCCCGUCUGGAUGUCAUUCAGUUUUUUCUGCUGCCUCAGAAUCUGGACAUGGCUCAGAUGCUGCACCGGCUGCUGAGUCACAUCAAGAAUGUCCCUCUGAUUCUGAAACGCAUGAAGUUGUCUAACACCAAGGUCAAUGACUGGCAUGUUCUCUACAAGACUGUGUACAGUGCCCUGGGCCUGAGAGAUGCCUGCCGCUCCUUGCCCCAGUCCAUCCAGCUCUUUCGGGACAUUGCCCAAGAAUUUUCGGAUGACUUGCACCAUAUCGCCAGCCUCAUUGGGAAAGUGGUGGACUUUGAGGGCAGUCUUGCUGAAAAUCGCUUCACAGUCCUCCCCAACAUAGAUCCCGAAAUUGAUGAGAAAAAACGAAGGCUGGUAGGGCUUCCUAGCUUCCUCACGGAGGUGGCCCGGAAGGAGCUGGAGAACCUGGACUCCCGAAUUCCUUCCUGCAGUGUCAUCUACAUCCCGCUGAUUGGCUUCCUUCUUUCUAUUCCCCGCCUGCCUUUCAUGGUGGAGGCCAGUGACUUUGAGAUUGAGGGGCUGGACUUCAUGUUCCUCUCCGAGGAGAAGCUGCACUACCGUAGCGCCCGAACCAAGGAGCUGGAUACGUUGCUGGGGGACCUGCACUGCGAGAUCCGGGAUCAGGAGACCCUGCUGAUGUAUCAGCUGCAGUGCCAGGUGCUAGCGCGAGCUGCUGUGUUAAGCCGGGUGUUGGACCUUGCCUCCCGCUUGGACGUCCUGCUGGCUCUUGCCAGUGCUGCCCGGGACUAUGGCUACUCGAGGCCCCGUUACUCACCCCUGCUCCAUGGGGUCCGAAUCCAGAAUGGCAGACAUCCCCUGAUGGAACUCUGUGCCCGAACCUUCGUGCCCAACUCUGUAGAAUGUGGUGGGGACAAAGAAAGGGUCAAGGUCAUCACUGGACCCAACUCCUCAGGGAAGAGCAUUUUCCUCAAGCAGGUAGGCUUGAUCACAUUCAUGGCCUUGGUGGGCAGCUUUGUGCCAGCAGAAGAGGCUGAAAUUGGGCCUGUGGAUGCCAUCUUCACCCGAAUUCAUAGCUGUGAAUCCAUCUCCCUUGGCCUCUCCACCUUCAUGAUCGACCUCAACCAGGUGGCGAAAGCAGUGAACAAUGCCACUGAGCGGUCUCUGGUCCUCAUUGACGAAUUCGGAAAGGGAACCAACACGGUGGACGGGCUCGCACUUCUGGCUGCUGUGCUGCAACACUGGCUGGCGCUGGGACCCAGGUGCCCCCACAUCUUUGUAGCCACCAACUUUCUGAGCCUCAUGCAGCUCCAGCUGCUGCCACAGGGGCCCCUGGUGCAGUAUUUGACCAUGGAGACCUGUGAGGAUGGCAACGACCUUGUCUUCUUCUAUCAGGUUUGCAAAGGUGUCGCCAGCGCCAGCCACGCCUCCCACACCGCGGCCCAGGCUGGGCUUCCCGACAGGCUCGUUGCUCGUGGCAAGGAGGUCUCCGACUUGAUCCGCAGAGGAAGACCUAUCACGCCUGUCAAGGAGCUGCAAAAGGAGACCCAAAUGAAAAACUGCCAGACGUUAGUGGAUAAGUUUCUGAAACUGGACUUGGAAGAUCCCAGCCUGGACUUGGAUGUUUUCAUGAGUCAGGAAGUGCUGCCUGCCGCUGCCAGCAUCCUCUGAGCGGCCUUGCUCUGCCCGCCCCACCUCCCAGCACCCCAGGGUGGCCUUGCUCUGCCCGCCCCACCUUCCCAGCACCCCAGGGUGGCCUUACUCUGCCCGCCCCACCUUCCCAGCACCCAAGGGCUGCCAUGCUGCUUCCUUAUCCCCCUCAGACCCAGAGUUCUCUGCUUCCCUAGAAGUUAUUCUGUAUUAGGAAUAAAGUUUGUU